AUGCCCACAGCAUUCCUCACAGACGUUCAAGACGCAGCCCGCCUCCUCGCCGCCGCCGUCGCAGUCGAUUUGGUCAAGAACGAGCGCCUCUUUGCAUACAGCAUCAAUAGAAGCUGGAACAAACUGCGCGAUAGAGUCCGGGAGCUGUUCCUCGACAGGCCUGAGCUUGCGAUUGCCGGGAGGGAUACGUCUAAGCCGAUUUCUCGCGCUGAGGAGAUACUGCGUCUGGUUGGGCAGCCAGGGUUUGUGAGUGAAGAGCAAGUUUUACGGGAUUUUGUGGAUUCGAUGUAUCCGCAGAAGUGAUUGUGAGAGAUGAUUUCGAAAGGCCAUACCGGUUUCUGAAAGAGUAAGCUGGAAUGCAGGGCUAUACUGUACUGUGUUGGGAUACUU